GCCUGUGCUGCACAAAGUCUCGUACUGGGGAUUCACGUCAUAUCAUAUAAUCGAUAAGCACCUCGACAAGACGUAUGUUCUAUCAUGCGAGUGAAAAGGACGAAGUGAUCCGAGUGCACAUAGCAUGGACAUAAAGGAAAGAACAAACCGAAAGUAGAAUUGAUGCGGCCUUUCUUGGAAGUGUUUACAUCACCUAACAAAGUCCAUACAUAUAGUGUAAUAACCAAUAUGUCAAACGGAUCUCACAGCUCUGACAAUGUCCUGGAACACAACUGUCGUCCGGAGUGGGCCUUAUGGACAUGUGUGGCGGCCAACGUCUGUGGUUUGACAAGUACUACCCUGUGGUUCCUUGUCCUGUUGCCACAGGUAUACAAGAACUUCCGUCGGAAGUCAGUGGUGGGACUGAGUAUCCUGUGGGCGACUGCUAAUUUUACGGCGUCUCUGGUUAAUAUUUUCUUCGUAUAUCUGUACGCUAGUCUGCCUGUUUACUCCUCAAUUAACGCAGUCUACAUGCCGAUACUUGAGUUCACCAUUCUUGUUCAGUUUUGGCUAUACAACUCGGAGUUCUCUGUAAAAGCCAAGUACUGUUACGCCGCUGGGUGUGCGGUCCUUUGGGGCACCAUCAUCACAGUACAACUAACUGCACGUAGGUUCUCAGAGAUGCAAUGGGUAGCGAUUACACUUUGGUGUGUAGAGACAUUCCCUCAGAUUGUUCUUAAUCUGAAACUGCGCUCUACGGCUGGUCAGUCCACGCGUUCUGCUGUGAUAGCGACGAUAGGAAAGAUGACAGACUUCCUGGCGACGUAUGGUCUGGUGAUCCCUUUACAGUACGUGGUGAUGGCGUAUUUCUCUAGCUCGGUGGCCUACAUUAACGGUAUCCAGAUAGCGUGGUACUUUCGGAAAAACUCUUGGGCUCCAGGAGGGCCAACAGUGCUAGUAUCCGACCAGGAUAACGGGUUCAUUGAAGGGAACAACCAAACACCCGACAAUGAAUCUUAUGGAAAUGUCACCAUGGAGUCUGAAGACGUCGAAUAUACUCCCCUUUGUUCUGGUCUCAUCGUCAGGUGGCGACACCCGAAUCUAACGCGAACGAGUAUUGUAAGAGGAGUCGUGAUUGGAUUUCUUGUAUCGGCAUUGGCGCUGUUCUUGUUUGGACUCGUUGUGGUGACCGAUUCCGGUUAUAGUGCCAUGGCGCCUCUAUCGAUAGCGUCUGCCCUUUCUCUCGCUUACAUUUACUAUCAUACUAGCGCAGGGCAGAGGUUGCGACAAUUGUGUUCCAACAUGUGUGAGAAAAGGCCACGACAGACGAUGCAAUAAUUAAAAAUAAAUAGAUGUUAAAGAUUUAAAUCAC